GCGCCCUUGCAAACCGAUGAGCUCUCCAAUGCUCUUUUCCAACAAAAACAAUGGGAGGAGAGAGAGAAGAGAGAGAAUGGUGGGGGAUCGGGAAGACGGAAACUCCGAGGCCGGGAAGAAGAUAGUGAAAUUUACGAAACGAGCCAUUAGAGAUUUUCAGUUAUGGCAGAGCUUUUUCAACACCUGUCUUCCCUCCUCUGCUCCCACCUCUCCUUCCUCCCUUCCUUUAUUACCCGACUCCAUUUCCCAUUCUCACCAUCAUUACUGAGCCCAAUCAAAUUAUCCGACCUCAGUGAUAUAUCAAUGGAGCGAUUUAGUGAGAAUUUCGAGAGAGGAAAAAUGGAGCGUGAAUGAAUGAAUGAGGAUCGAACAAAUGUCAUGCAGAUCGGCGAGGCAUCUUUGCCCGAUUCGCUCAAUUUAGGAAUUCCACAUUAUUGAAAUCCCCAAUUCCGAUUCCGCAUCGAUUUCUCUUGCGAAAACUGAGGAGGAGCGUGGUGGAAGAGGAGAGAGAGCUCAAUUGGUGGCGAGGAAUGGAGAUUUCCGAGGUCUCUGGUGCGCUGGCAGCGCAGGACUCCUCUGCAGACCGUUUCAGCUUUAUGGCCAUGGCUGGAUUUGGAUCCGGCUCUAUAAAUAAUCAUCGCGAUUAUAACUUCAAUUACAUUAAUAUUGGUGACGAUAAUGCCACCAAUCCCCUUCUUCACCAAUUCGGCAACUCCUGUUCCUCUUCUCCGCCCGUCGAUCACCAUUUGACGCAUCCCCACCUUGCCGCACCGUCCUCCGUCAAUGCUCAUCAGCUCCGGAAAAGGAUGCGCAGCCGUCGCCGGCGCCGGUCUUCUCUCAAUUUCUCCCCGCUGCUGCUGCAUUGCCAUUCUGCCUUUCACCUCCCGCGCGUCUCUCCUCCUCUGUAUCCUACUCCUGCACUAGAUUCUUCAAGAUAUAGAUUUCUCUUUGACAAGGAGCUCAAGAAUAGUGAUGUUGGACCUCUUAGGAGAAUAGUCAUACCGAAGAAACCAGCAGAAGACUACCUUCCUAAACUUCUUAUAAAGGAGGGGUUUCCAAUCAGUAUGGAGGACAUGGAUGGUCUGCAUGCUUGGAACUUCAAGUUCAGGUACUGGCCAAACAACAGCAGUCGCAUGUACGUGCUUGAAAAUACAGGUGGAUUUGUGCACGAACAUAGUCUGGGGCAGGGAGACUUCAUUGCUUUUUACAUGGAUGAGCACAAACAGAACUAUGUCAUUGAAGCAAGAAAAUGUGGGGAUCAAGAAGCAUACAAUAGAGCUGCAUGUGUUUUAAAAGACGAGUAUGGGCAGAAUGGUGAAAGUGGCGGUGCCAUCCAAAAUGAAGUAGCUGAAUCAGAAGCAGCUGAUUAUAAAUCAUCAUCUUCAUGCUAUUAUCCACAAAGCUUCCCAAGAGUGGAUGAAGAAUCGACCGAACAAACGUCUACUUUUGUUUAUGAAACCAGCUUCUCAAGUGAAGUAGUAUCUCCCUUUGAUUUUCUUGGGGGCUCAAUGACGAUGAUGAACAACUACUCAAGUUUUGAUCCGCUGUCAAGCUUCGGAUCCAUUGAUGACAGCUUAUAUAUUGAUGAUUUCUAUUCUGCGGCCGCUACUGAUAAGUGAUAAGUAAUACUCACAAGCUAGCAAGCUAGUACCAAAAGUACGUGACUGGGUGAGCGUACACAUUUUGAAAAUGGCCUGAAAUAGAAUGUUUGUCAACAAAAAAUUAAUUAAUUAGAAAUAUGUGGUAAUAUGACAAAAUGGGGGCGCCCAUCUCUUGUAACAGCUUAACUAACAAGUUUGUUAGUUUUUUUUGGCUAAUUUUUUGGGGGCAGAAGCAGGUUCCAAUCUGUGUUUGCACUUUUGAUACUUACCUGCUAGUAUUUGUAUAUGUAUAUCUACAUAUGAAUAUAAGAAAUAAGCUAAGAUGUCAUGUAUUCGCGCAUGUACCUAGUUGAAGCUUGAUAUUUUAAAUCUAAAUGUGAUUGAAUCAAGACAUUAUAUGUGCAUAUUAUAAAUGUGGACUUCUUAA